UUCUACACAGAUGGAUGGACAAAACGGUGGGUACAAUCUAAACAUCAGUCAGAUUAUGGCAAAUUCCAGCUUGCUUCAGGAAAAUUUUAUCAAGAUAAAGAGAGAGAUAAAGGUCUCCAGACCACAGAAGAUGCCAAGUUCUACGCUCUUUCUGCCAGGUUUAAGCCAUUCAGCAAUGAGAAUGAGACCUUGGUGGUUCAGUUUUCAGUAAAACACGAGCAAGGUAUCGAUUGCGGUGGUGGGUAUGUGAAACUCUUUCCUGCCGCACUCAACCAGGAGGAUAUGCACUCAGAGUCCCAGUAUUACAUCAUGUUCGGCCCGGACAUCUGUGGCUUUGGCAACAACAGACUACAGGUCAUCCUCUAUCACAAAGGGAAAUACCAUGAGAACAACAAGACCCUCAAGUGCAGGAUUAAUAAAGACACUCACCUGUACACACUGAUCCUUCACCCUAAUGCUACUUAUGAGGUUAAAAUUGACAACGUGAAGGUGACAAGUGGAGGACUGGAAGAUGACUGGGACUUCUUGCCGCCCAAGAAAAUAAAAGACCCCUACGCCAGGAAGCCAAGGAAGUGGGAUGAACGGCUACAGAUAGAGGAUCCUGAAGAUAAGAAACCUGAGGACUGGGAGGACUUUGAAUUCAUCCCAGACCCAGAUGCCAAGAAGCCGGAUGACUGGAAUGAGGCGAUGGACGGGGUGUGGGAAGGGCCCCUGAUACCAAACGCCAAGUACAAGGGAGAAUGGAAACCUCGGAUCAUUGACAAUCCCAAUUACCAGGGGGAGUGGAUUCACCCAGAGAUAGACAACCCCAAAUACAGGCCUGACCCCACCAUUGGUCACUAUCAUAACAUCAGUGUCCUUGGUCUGGACCUUUGGCAGGUGAAAUCAGGCAGCAUCUUUGACAACUUCCUUCUAACAAAUGAUGAAGAGUUUGCUGAAGAAGUUGGAAAUAUGACCUGGGGAUUAAGAAAGGAUGUGGAGCAGCAGUGGAGAGAGCUGUAUGAGGAAAUGGAGAAACAGAAGGAGGCAGAGGAGGCCAAGAAGAAGAGGGAAAAGCAGCGAGCCAGGCAAGAAGACAUCUGGGGACUAGAUGAGGAGGACGAGGAGGUCGAUGAAGAGGACUCUGAGGAGGAAGCAGAGGAAAGGUCCAAGCAGGACGGCAGCGCAGAGAGGUCAUCUCUGGAUCAAAAGGAAGUCCGUGUUGAUCAGAAGGAUGAACUGUAACUGCAGAGACAGUGGGUAUGGAAGAAGCAAGAGACAGUGCUUAGAACGGGAAAUGAUCGCAUGCUUAGCAAAUUAUGGGAAGUAAAACGACUCUUCUUUUUAGAUAAACUUUGGAUUUAUAGUUCUAUUCCCCUUCCCUGCUCUAUUUGCUUAUUGGUAGAAAGAGAAUGAUAAUUUUAUCUCAUGAAAUGACCCUAGGGACUGAAUGAGGUAAUUCAUGUAAAGUGCCCAAAGUAAAUACAUUGUUAAAGAAAAAAGUUAAAAUUGCUGUCAUUAUCAUGGUAUUUAUGAAAUUAAUUGUUUGUAAAUAAGCUUCUAUAUAAACUUGGUUCUUACUCUCAGUUGAACCCUAUGCUCCUGGGUUUUUUCUUUUGUUUAAAUAUAUGCAUUUCUAAGUAUUUACUGAGCAGUGCUAACAGUUGUACCCAAGCAGAGCAUCCUUUGAAUGUUUGGGAAAACAGUUCAUGACCGUCACUUUGUUUGCCUGCUGCUCUUUCCCUAAUGUUUAAAUGACUGUUACUUGUUUGCAAGUUUGCUUGUCUUAUUUCUAUCUUUUUUGUCCCACCAGCUCACAGUAUCACUAUCUCUUGUGUUCUUGCAGUUCUUUGUAGAUUAGAAAGCAUUUUCCCACAAGUUCGCAGUGUGCCUACAAUGCAUCUAUUCAACCCUACAGAGGUCACUGCAGAGAUCAUUGCUAUCUUCAUGUUACAGACACAGAAACUUGUUCAGGGUCAGUCAGUAAGGGAUGGGUCGGGAUCUGACCUCAGGUUCAUCUGGCUGAAAAGCUUCUAUUGUACCAGGCUAUUUGAAUGAAUAUUUAUUAGUAUGAAAAACAGACAGUAGGUAACCUGUUAAAUGGAAAAAAUGCCCUUAUGUCCUUUUGUUUUUUGUUUUUGUUUUUUAAAAUCCAACAUUUAAGGAACCAGUAAACUAUAGGGUUACAAACACAAAUCAAGAUACUCACUAAAUAUCCAUCGGAAAGAAUGAACUCCCAUCCUCAACUACAUAGUGACCUCAAGGCCAACCUGGACUAAGACCCUAUCUCAAAAAAACAACCAAACAAACAACAAACAAAACAACUGAUUCACUCUGCCUAUGCCUGCAGGUUUCAGAGACAACUUCAUAAAGACAGUAACUUUUGAGCCAGGUGUUGAUGAAUGCAGGAAAAUGUAGAACAGAUUUGAAGUUAAAGAACAGAGAGCCCAGAUAACAGGAAAUGGAGUCAUAAGAUUAGGGAGAGGGCAGGAAGUUCUCCCUUCCUCCCCGGAGGCUGGGCCCUAGUCAGCUUGUUUUGUUUCUUAGGAAAACUAAAUGUUUAAUUUUUAAAAGAAUACCUUUUAUUCAUUCUUUGUCAUUUGUAUACAUGUAUACAUGAGCACCUUAUCCUCCUUUGAGACAGGUUCUCACGGUCUCACCCUGUUGCACUGACUGGCAGCGAAUUUACUGUGAAGUACAGGCUGGCUUUGAGUUUCCUCAUACCUCAGCCUUUGAGUGCUGGAAUUGCAUGCAUGCAAAAACUGCUCAGCUCCUAAUGGUGGGUUUUGGAAUUUUAGAAUAUUCUAGAUUAGGAGACAGUAAGAUGGGUAAAGGAACUAACAUCAAAACAUGAGUUUCACAUGGUAGAAAGAACCAACUCUUGUAAGUUGUCUUGUGACUUCUACACACAUGCAGCAUAUAUACACAUGAAUUAAUAAAUAUUAAAAAAGACAAUUUUAAGUGGUAGUUGGGUAUGGAAAGAAACUAGGAAAGAUUAGCACCUGCCAGCCCACAGACUGU